AUGUCAAUCGAUAGGGAUGUUUCUCGUCCUUCGUAUGAUGCAGAUCAGGGAUCCAAGCUUAUCCAAAAAGCUAAAGAGACACCAUUUGUCCCCAUUAUAAUAGCUGGUUUUGCAGCAGUUGUUGCAUAUGGGCGCUACAGAUCAAAAAGCAGAGGAAAUACAAAAAUUUCCCUUCACCUGCACAUGCCCAUGGCGGCUCAAGGCUUUGUUGCAGGAUCAGUGGCUGUUGCUAUGGCCUAUUCCACAUAUCGGGAGUUUUGGGUGAAACGUAAGCCUUAG